GCAAGCCGUGCGCGAAAUUGAUUAACCAGAAGAAAUAUCGCGAGAAGAUGCGCGAUUAGGCCGGGUUUCCUUCCGAUCACGUGAUGGCGGAACUCUAGCCUAGCACUCACUUUGAUUCCCCGCGCUGCUUUUGCCGGGGCGUCGGCUGCGCCUGUGAUCUGAACGUCACAAAGUGAGUGUGCUUAGGUUCUUUCUCCUCUCAUUCUCUGCUCAAACGCAACAGGGAUUGCUUUGAGAGCCCUGAAUACCAGCUUGGAAUGCUUUUGUGAUGGGGACGUCCCGCCCCACCACCAAAGAAUGACAAACCUGCAUAGUUUUCCUUAGCUUGUUGUGAACAGGGUGACGUCCUGUCAUCCGUACCGUGAUCCGUCGCACGAAACAGGGUCAGCCUCCUAUCCCAAUUUGUAUUACUGCAACAUGUCAGCAAGCAGAUUUUAAAAAGAAUACAGCAUUUGCUUGGAGCAAAUGAAGGCAGGAGUACUGUUAAAACCAAACAGCUAUUUGAUCCCAAGGCACAAAGAAUUAACACAAAUUGAAAUAAGCAUCAUCCCUGUGCAAUAAUGUAUAGCUGUAUCUGGGACCCACCUGCACAUGAACAUUAGAUUUCUUGUAAAGGUUUCUCUCUACCACACCCACUGCUAUUUACGCUGUUAAGGGUGUUUCCGCAGUCCCAAUUAUUGGAUACAUUUGGUUAGCAUAAAACGAGUACACCAGGCCCAGAAAGUAAAUGAAGAAAAUGGCAGCUAUUAGCCCAAAGGAGAUUGGAAUUUUAUCAAGUGUCAUAUUUUUAUGCUAUUGGAAUAGUCUUUUCUGCGGGUUUGUUUUUGACGAUGUAUCUGCUAUUCUGGACAAUAAAGAUUUACACCCAUCAACUCCCUUAAAAAAACUUUUUCAAAAUGACUUCUGGGGAACGCCCAUGUCUGAGGAGAGGAGCCAUAAAUCAUACCGUCCCCUUACAGUUCUGACAUUUCGUUUAAACUAUCUGUUCAGUGAGUUGAAUGCUGUGUCUUAUCAUUUUCUCAAUGUGGUUCUACAUGCUGUUGUAUGCAUAGUUUUUCUUAAAGUCUGCAGACUUUUCAUGGACACCAAAAUCAGUCUUCUGGCCACUUUGCUGUUUGCUGUGCAUCCUAUACAUACAGAGGCAGUUACCGGUGUUGUUGGAAGAGCUGAGCUUCUUUCUUCUAUUUUUCUGCUGGCUGCAUUUUUGUCUUACACAAAAUCAAAGGGUCCUGACAACUCCAUAGUUUGGACCCCAAUUGCAGUUGCAGUUUUCCUUGUUGCUGUUGCCACACUCUGCAAAGAGCAGGGAAUUACUGUUGUGGGGAUUUGCUGUGUCUAUGAAGUCUUCAUUGCUCAAGGGUAUACCUUCCCAGUGCUGUGGGAUACAACAUUACAAAUUCUAAUGGGCAAAGGCAGCAUUCCAUACUCCAUGCUUCAGACCUUGCUCAAGCUUAUUGUUUUGAUGUUCAGCACGCUUCUACUUGUUGUUGUAAGGGUUCAAGUCAUUCAAUCACAGCUUCCGGUGUUUACAAGGUUUGAUAAUCCUGCAGCAGUAAGCACAACACCAGCAAGGCAGUUAACAUUUAACUACUUGCUUCCUGUGAAUGCCUGGCUUCUCUUAAAUCCCUCAGAACUGUGCUGUGAUUGGACAAUGGGAACAAUCCCUUUGAUAGAAUCGAUUUUGGAUAUCCGCAACCUGGCCACACUGCUAUUCUAUUUUCUCCUGGGUUACCUUAUAGUUUUUAGUGUUCGCUAUUCUGGAGAUUCUUCAAAAACUGUACUUAUGGCACUUUGUCUGAUAAUACUUCCUUUCAUUCCUGCAUCAAACCUUUUUUUUCCUGUGGGAUUCGUAGUUGCAGAGCGAGUUUUGUAUGUCCCUAGUAUGGGGUUUUGCAUGCUUGUAGCACAUGGCUGGAAGAAAUUAUCAAGCAAUGGCAGAUUGAGAACGCUCUCUUGGAUAUUUUUGGCUUUAGUGGUUUUUACACAUGCCAUUAAAACAUUUAACAGGAAUUGGGAUUGGGAGUCAGAAUAUACUCUGUUCACAUCUGCUUUGAAGGUUAACAAAAACAAUGCCAAGCUGUGGAAUAAUGUGGGCCAUGCUUUAGAAAAUGAAAAAAAUUAUGAAAGAGCAUUAAGAUUUUUUAAGAAGGCUACUGAAGUACAACCAGAUGAUAUUGGUGCCCACAUGAAUGUAGGAAGAACAUAUAAAAAUUUGAACCGAAGCAAAGAAGCAGAGGAGUCUUAUUUGAUUGCUAAAGCACUAAUGCCACAGGUCAUACCAGGAAAAAAAUAUGCUGCACGAGUGGCUCCUAAUCACCUCAAUGUAUAUAUAAAUCUUGCAAAUUUAAUACGUGCAAAUGAGUCCCGGCUGGAAGAAGCAGAUCAGUUAUACAGACAGGCGAUAAGCAUGAGACCAGAUUUCAAACAAGCUUAUAUAAGCAGAGGAGAACUACUGCUAAAAAUGAACAAGCCAUUAGAAGCCAGAGAGGCCUACAUCAAAGCUUUAGAGUUGGAUAGGAUGAAUGCAGAUUUGUGGUACAACCUUGCUAUUGUUUACAUUGAACUGAAAGAUCCAUCAGAAGCCUUGAGGAACUUUAACCAAGCUCUGGAGUUAAAUCCCCGGCACAAGCUUGCCCUGUUCAACUCUGCUUUGCUUAUGCAGGAGUCAGGCAGUGCAAGACUUCGGCCUGAGGCUAAAAGAAGACUUUUAACCUAUGUAGAAGAAGAGCCCCAUGAUGCAAAUGGCUACUUUAAUUUGGGAAUGCUCGCAAUGGAUGAAAAAAAAGAUACUGAAGCAGAGGUAUGGAUGAAGAAAGCAAUACAGUUACACCAUGGUUUUAGAAGUGCUCUCUUCAAUCUUGCCCUGCUUUACUCCCAGACAUCAAGGGAACUAGAGGCCCUUCCAGUGUUAGAUGAGCUCCUGCGCUUCUAUCCAGACCACAGUAAGGGACUGAUCCUUAAAGGUGACAUUCUAAUGAACCAAAAAAAGGACAUUAAAGGAGCCAAAAAAUGCUUUGAAAAAAUAGUAGAAAUGGAUCCUAAUAAUGUUCAAGGAAAGCACAAUCUUUGUGUGGUUUAUUUUGAGGAAAGAGAUCUAAUAAAAGCUGAGAAGUGCCUUGUGGAAACUUUGGCUUUAGCACCACACGAGGAGUAUAUUCAACGCCACUUAAGUAUUGUCCGUGGGAAAAUAAUGGCCCUAAAUACUGCUGGGCAAUCUGUUCCUCCAAAAGAGGGUGCUCUGACAUUGCCAGAACAAGAAAAAAAGCAAGUUGAGGAAAAAGGAAAAAAAAAAACUCCAAUUAAAAAACUAGAGGAUGAAAGUAAUGUACCAAAAGCCAAUCCUCCAUCAAGAAGCAAAAUAGGGCAUGUGAAAUCAAAACCCCAGCAAGAGAAAAAUAUUGACAGAGAGGGGCAGAAAAAGUCGACAAAAGAAAUCAAAGACAUUGAAAAUAAAAGAGUAGCUGCUUUGAAGAGAUUAGAGGAGAUUGAACGUAUAUUAAGCGGAGAAUAAUGCGUGCAAGACCAUUCAGACUUAAUGGGCUGGGGAGGUUAGACACUUUUAAGCUAUCAUGGACAUGAGGGAACUGUGUACAUCUGGAUUUUAUACAUGAAAAUAAAUUGAGCGAAGCAAAAUAACUGCUUUGCUAUGCCUACUCUGACUUUGUUUUAUACUAUUGAACAUGAACAGACCACGCACUUGUGUUUACUAAAGAACAUGAAUUCAUUCUCAUUUUUGAUACAGUAUAUCAUUGAAGAACACUAUUUUUCUUUAUCCUGUGUUAAAGCUGGCCACUUGAAAUCAGAACCUGAAAACCCUUUCUACUGAGUAUUGUUUUGUCAAGUGUUCUUUUGGUUUUGACUUGUUAAUAGGGCACAUGUGUACAAUAAAUCUGCAAGAGUUGGAAAGUGACAGCA